AUGAUCAGCGCCAAGAAACUCAUCAAGCUCGCAAAAAACUGGCAAAGGACAGCUGCCCUCAAGAGAAAAAGGAUUUCGUUACCCGGAUUCAAUAAAACUAGUACACCAUCAGCGGCGCAUAAGGGCCAUUUUGUUGCUUACACAGUUGAUCAAAAGAGGUUUGUGUUUCCCAUAACAUAUCUUAGGAGUCACAUAUUUCAAGAGCUCUUGAGGAUGUCUGAGGAAAAGUUUGGUUUACCAGGCAAUGGGCCAAUCACAUUGUCAUGUGAUGCAAGCUUUAUGGAGUAUGCAAUCUCAUUGAUCAAAAGUUGUGUUGAUAGGCAAAUGGAGGAAGCUUUAGUCAUGUCUAUUGCUAGUAGUAGAUGCUCAUCAAUGUCUCAUUCCCUCCCUCAUGGACAAAUUGGUCACCAAUUACUCAUUUGUAGUUGUUGAAU